ACUGAAUUUUAUAGACGAGGAAGAGAGAACAAACUCUAAGGCGCUAACAAAAACACGGAAGUAAGCAGUUUGUUUUUCUUUGCAGAUUUGGUUUAUUUGAGUAUACAGAUAGGAAGUUGGCGUUGUUUUAUAUUUAUUGUGUUAAUAUGUAAACAUUACAGGUGUUUUGUUUCAUUUUAAGACAGGUUUAAGAACGGUAUUAGAAUCCGUGAGAUAAAUAUUUGAGUUCCCGAAACUCAUAACAGAGGUCAGUAUUAGCCGCUAGUCCGAGCUGGAAGCUAAUGUUUUGCUAAUUUGUUUUUGUUUUUUUUUUUGAGCUAAAUGGCGGAUCCUGAUGAGUCUGUGUCCGAGUCUGAGUUGUUCUGUGCUCUGGAGCAGCUCCGGUCAUCCAGGACACUCCGCUUUAAACCCGUGACCCCGCUGCGUGUCGCCGUGCUCGCGCUCGACCGUUACCUGGGUGACGCUCGCGCCGCUCCGGACAGCCACAGCCACAGCUACAGCUACGACGUGACGGUGACCGAUGGGAAGUGGCGCGUGAAGUGCUCCCUGGCGCCGGGGCUGACCCGCUUGGUCCAGGUGAACGGUGUCCGGUCCGGAUCGUGCCUUCUGCUCGAGCUCUUCUCUCUUGUUUACGAUGAGACGCGGCUCCGGCACGCCUGUGUGUUUAUAGAUGAGGUGCAGCUCGGUGUGUCCGAGCCGGACAUUUUACUCUCGAUAAAGGAGCUGGACGCGCUUCGCUGGUGGACGCACGAGACUGUCGGUUCUUCUGCGAUGGCUCUCACCGACGUUCCUCUGCUGAACAACAGAAAGCAUUAUUUAGCGCUGUGGAACAACGAGGAUCCGCACGGGGCUGUGUGGGUGCCCUACUCUCCUCCACCGGAAGUAGUGAUAGACGUAUCUAAGAUAGCAUUUCUGGGGGAUAUGGAGUCAUUCUCGGCCUCCACCAGACAGCCGUUACCUCUGCUGGUCAGAGUGUUGCACAGAUCUCGUCUGAGGUAUUAUGGAAAACCUGGACAAAACAUCGACUUCCCCUUUCAGGCGUACUUUGAGGUGGCCGAUCAGAGCGGUGUCAUGUCCAUGGUCCUGUGGAAUGACCUGUGUCCUGAAUGGUAUCAGCGGCUGGUCGUGGGCUCGGUUCUUUACUUGCAGAAAUUCACACUGAAACGCAGCUACCAGAACCGCUCCAGACCUCAGCUCGACAAACUGCCCCUCGUCUUCUACAGGUCCACAGAGAUCUGCUUGAAUCCCUGGAAUCCGACUGCUAUCAUCACUGUAAUUCCUCCUAAAAGCGUUCAGCCUCAGUGGAACUUACCGGAGGUCACCUACAAUUUCUCUACCAGAUCUGAAGUGGAGAGGCUGGAGAACAACCAGGCGUGUGACAUCAUCGGCCUGGUGACGUACGUCAGUCGCGUGGAGCGAAUCCGAAACAAAGGAAACACGUUCCCGGAGAAGUUCUGGACACAUCGGUGGGUUCAUGCAGUGGACGGAACCUCAGACUCUCCCUUUAUCCUGGAGAUUUUUGCCUCUUCUCAGCCCGAGAUCUUUAACAACAUCUGUCCCAUGUCAUAUCUCGUGUGUACUCAUAUGCGUGUGUGUCGAGAGACAGAAUCAGAUUCAAGCUCGGGUCCAGGCUCGUGUUUGGGUUCUGCUCUUUAUCUGACCAGCAGCACAGAGACUCAGCUCUUUACUACAGGCUGUCACAGGAAGCAGCCGUACGUGCACGACCCAAAGGUCAGAGCCUUCAUCCAGUGGACCAAGACUCUGAAGGACAGCGUAGUACUGAGGAAGACGGCAGUAGGGGGUUAUUACUGUUACCCCCCUCCCCCAAAAACCUUCACACCAAACCCCAGCUGCAGUGGAGCGAGUGAAGGAUCAUUACUAGCCGUAGGUGACCUACGGAAGGAGCUCGAGAGUCUGCAGUAUCGGGAACACAGGAGAGUGGCACUACAGGGCCGUAUCGCUGCAGUGCAGUACCACCGGUGGCCACCGGACGCACCAGGCACCACACCUCGGAGUGAACAGGUGGAGCAUGACGCAGUGGGUGUGACCAGAGCCUCCACCUCUUCCUUCAGCGCAGGAGCACAACCGCAGAGCGAGACGUCCUCGUCUUCGUCACGAAGUGAUGCCACACACUCUCUCAAGCGCAGGAGAGUAGAGCAAGGAGUGCUGAAGCAGUACUGGACCAGAGCCAAGCGAAUGUUAGAAAGACAGGCAAACCAAGCAGAUCGUGAGGAUGAGGAGAUGGACAGAGGGCCUGAUGAAGAGGACGGUGAUGGACUUGACACAUCGUCACCUCAACCUACAGACAUCAGCGAGACAAACAGCGCUCCCGACACACAGAGGUCUGCCGCUCGCCCCGUGGCAUCAUGGGAGAGCAGCGUGUGGUCCUCACUCAGGCAGGACCUCACGGAUCACGUGCGCUGCAGCUCCCUUAAUUGCGAGAGCGUUCCGGAAAAAUUCUGCUUCGAAGACCGGGACGUCAUCCUACACAGGAUCAACCUGAGCCCCGCCAAGUGGAGCCCUGAGCAUCCCUCAGACACCAGCUUGAGCACACACAUGCCCGCACACCUCACAGGAUACCUCACGCUCACGUUACUGGGAUUAAAUCAGCAGGCGGCGGUCGACUCCUUCUUUCUCCCCGUGUUUUGUGCUGAGGAUCCGCGAGCGGUCGGGACGUCCACUGGUCUCCAUGAUAACUCGCUGAUGUCAUGCCUAUCUGCGGGUCAUGUCUGUGCUCAGGCCAACUUUUCACCAGAGACGUUACUGAGCUCCGCCCCGGCUCUGGAGGACGAGCGGGUGGUGUGCGUGUUGGACGUGUGUCUGCUGGGUCAUAACCGGUUCGAGAUCGUCUGCUCCAAAGUGUACAGGACGGCAGAAAUCGUCACGCCUGUGUAA